AUGUCUUUAUACAAGGCCAGGAUUAAAGCUUUCGAAGAUAUUCUCGACCAAGAUGUUGUUGAUAUUGAGCAACUACAAAAGUCUGCUUUCAAUGGUGUGCCAGAUGAAAAAGGUUUACGAUCACUUGUAUGGAAGAUAUUACUCCAUUACAUACCUUUAGAAAAAAAUGACUGGCAAAGCACAUUAACAAAAAAACGACAACUUUAUCAACAAUUAAUAGAGGAAAUAAUAGUGUCACCGGGAGGCCCAAGUGACCAUCCACUUAAUAUUAGUCCAGACAGUUCUUGGAGUAAUUACUUCAAAGAUAAUGAAGUGCUGCUACAAAUAGAUAAAGAUGUCCGGAGAUUGUGUCCAGAUAUUUCAUUCUUUCAAUCUGCCACAGAAUUCCCCUGUUCUGAGAUCGUAAAUAGUAAUGGAGUCAAACGUUUGCAUAAAAGAGUCGAGCAGUCAGUCCUAAAAUACUCAACUUUAGAGCGAAAAGGAAUUGGUGUUGCUAAGUUAAGCAACGAGAUCCGUCGAAGCGACAGUAUAACAAGCGGGGACUAUACCCCCCUGAAUGAAGGCUGCGAGGCGCACUGGGAGGUCGUGGAACGUAUGCUCUUCUUAUACGCGAAAUUGAAUCCCGGACAGGGAUAUGUGCAGGGUAUGAACGAGAUCAUUGGGCCUAUAUACCACACAUUCGCAUCCGAUCCUAACAAGGACUUCCGAAGGCACGCUGAAGCAGAUUGUUUCUUCUGCUUUACCAAUCUAAUGGCUGAAAUUCGGGACUUCUUCAUCCGUACGCUGGACGAGACGGAGAGCGGCAUCAACUAUAAAAUGAGCAAACUUUGCGAAUGUGUGAAGAAAAAUGACCGCGCUGUUUGGGAUCGUCUUGAGAAACAGGAGUUGCGGCCACAAUAUUAUAGCUUCAGGUGGCUGACGCUGUUGCUGUCCCAAGAGUUUUCGCUGCCAGAUGUUGAAAGAAUUUGGGAUUCGCUAUUUGCAGAUCCUCAGAGGUUCACCUUCCUCAUUUACGUUUGCUGUGCCAUGAUCUUGUUAGUAAGAGAGAAUUUAUUGAACGGUGAUUUUGCGUCGAACGUCAAGUUGCUACAAAAUUUCCCUCCAAUGGAUGUGUCUUUGAUAUUAAACAAAGCGGUGGAAAUAUCUAGCAAA